UUUUUGCGGGGGCGGGGGGAUUCAGCACCAGGGACAGUGGCUUUUUUUGCAGGGGGGCAAUUCAACACCAGGGACUGUGACGUUUUUUGCCAGCGGUGGCAAUUCAGCACCAGGGACAGCGGCCUUUUGCAAAGGGCCAAUUCAGCACCAGGGACAGCAUCCGCCUCUGCUUCUUCCACAGGGCCGCUUCAGGACCACGGACAGACCCUCUUGCGUGGCAGUUCUCCGCCGCCUGGGGGGCCCUUGGGCUGCGCCGGGCGACGGUGGGGUGACCGCCAUGCGCCUCCUGCUGCUGGCCGUGCUGCUGUGCUUCUCGGUGGCGCGGGGGGGCUGCGAGCCCAAGGUGGUGAACAUCGGGGCGGUGCUGAGCACCAAGAGGCACGAGCAGGUCUUCCGCGAGGCCAUCAACCAGGCCAACAAGCGCCAUGGCACCUGGAAGAUCCAGCUCAACGCCACCUCCGUCACCCACAAGCCCAACGCCAUCCAGAUGGCCCUCUCCGUCUGCGAGGACCUCAUCUCCAGCCAGGUCUACGCCAUCUUGGUGAGUCACCCGCCGGCUCCCAACGACCACCUCACGCCGACGCCGGUGUCAUACACUGCUGGCUUCUACCGGAUCCCGGUCAUCGGCUUGACCACGCGCAUGUCCAUCUACUCAGACAAGAGCAUCCACCUUUCAUUCCUCCGCACGGUCCCUCCUUACUCUCACCAGUCCAAUGUCUGGUUUGAGAUGAUGCGCUUCUACAAAUGGAACCACAUCAUCCUCAUUGUCAGCGACGACCACGAGGGCCGGGCGGCCCAGAAGAAGCUGGAGACCCUCCUGGAGGAGAAAGAGUCCAAGAGUAAAAAAAGGAGCUUUGACAGCCUCGAACCGCUAUCCUUUGACAUCAAGCGAGGACCCAAGGCCGAGAAGGUCCUUCAGUUUGAGCCGGGCACCAAGAACGUGACGUCUCUCCUCCUGGAAGCCAAGGAACUGGAGGCCAGGGUGAUCAUCUUGUCUGCCAGUGAGGACGACGCCACCACCGUCUACACGGCCGCAGCCAAAGAAAACAUGACAGGUCCCGGCUACGUCUGGCUGGUGGGGGAACGGGAGAUCUCCGGCAAUGCCCUACGCAAUGCGCCAGAAGGUCUCAUCGGUCUACAACUCAUGAACGGCAAAAAUGAGUCGGCUCACAUCCGGGACGCGGUGGCCAUGGUGGCCCAGGCAGUCCACAACUUGUUUGAGAAGGAGAACAUCACCGACCCACCCAGGGGGUGCGUGGGGAACACCAACAUCUGGAAGACGGGGCCACUCUUCAAGAGGGUACUGAUGCAGACGAAGUACGCCGAGGGUGUGACGGGCCGGGUGGAGUUCAACGAGGACGGGGACCGCAAGUACGCCAACUACAGCGUCAUGAACCUGCAGAACAACAAGUUGGUGCAGGUCGGCGUCUACAACGGCAGCCACUUCCUGCCCAACGACCGCAAGAUCAUCUGGCCGGGAGGAGAAACCGAGACGCCCCAGGGCUACGAGAUGUCUACCAAGCUCAAGAUUGUCACCAUUCACCAGGAGCCGUUCGUCUAUGUCAAGGAGACCCUGGCCGACGGCAAGUGCAAAGCCCUCACCAACAGCACCGGCGGCUUGGUGCAGCAGGUCCUCUGUACGGGGCCCAACAAGACCAUGCCGGGCCGCCCCAGCGUGAUGCUCUGCUGCUAUGGCUUCUGCGUCGACCUCCUGAUCAAGCUGGCCAAGACCAUGAACUUCACUUACGAGGUCCACCUGGUGGGCGACGGGAAGUUUGGCACGCAGGAGAGGGUGAACAACAGCAACAAGAAGGAGUGGAACGGCAUGAUGGGGGAGCUCUUGAGUGGUCAGGCGGACAUGAUCGUGGCUCCUUUGACCAUCAACAACGAGCGGGCCCAGUACAUUGAGUUCUCCAAGCCCUUUAAGUACCAGGGACUCACCAUCCUGGUGAAGAAGGAAAUACCCCGCAGCACCUUGGACUCGUUCAUGCAGCCGUUCCAGAGCACCCUGUGGCUCCUGGUGGGCCUCUCGGUCCACGUGGUGGCUGUGAUGCUCUAUCUCCUGGACCGUUUCAGCCCCUUCGGCCGCUUCAAAGUCAACAGUGAGGAAGAGGAAGAGGAUGCCCUCACCCUGUCAUCAGCCAUGUGGUUCUCCUGGGGAGUCUUGCUCAACUCUGGCAUCGGAGAAGGCGCUCCCCGGAGCUUCUCCGCACGGAUCCUGGGCAUGGUGUGGGCUGGAUUCGCCAUGAUCAUCGUGGCCUCUUACACUGCCAACCUGGCGGCCUUCCUGGUGUUGGACAGACCUGAGGAACGGAUCACGGGCAUCAAUGAUCCCAGGCUGCGCAACCCGUCUGACAAAUUCAUCUACGCCACAGUCAAGCAGAGCUCGGUGGACAUCUACUUCCGCCGGCAGGUGGAGCUCAGCACCAUGUACCGCCACAUGGAGAAGCAUAACUAUGAAAGCGCCGCCGAAGCCAUCCAGGCCGUCCGGGACAACAAGCUCCACGCCUUCAUCUGGGACUCGGCCGUCCUGGAGUUCGAAGCCUCCCAGAAGUGCGACCUGGUGACCACUGGAGAACUCUUCUUCCGGUCUGGAUUCGGAAUCGGAAUGAGGAAGGACAGUCCCUGGAAGCAGAACGUCUCGCUGGCCAUCCUCAACCUCCACGAAAAUGGCUUCAUGGAAGAGCUGGACAAGACGUGGGUAAGGUACCAGGAGUGCGACUCAAGGAGUAAUGCCCCGGCCACCCUCACCUUUGAGAACAUGGCAGGCGUCUUCAUGCUGGUGGCUGGCGGGAUCGUUGCCGGAAUCUUCCUGAUCUUCAUCGAAAUCGCCUACAAGAGGCACAAGGAUGCCCGACGGAAGCAGAUGCAGUUGGCCUUUGCCGCCGUCAACGUCUGGAGGAAGAACCUACAGGAUAGACCAAGUGCUAGAGCAGAACCAGGCCCUAGAAUGAAAACCACUUUUAGGUCCAUCACAUCCACGCUGGCCAACAGCUUCAAGAGCCGUAGGUCCUGCAGAGACACGCAGUACCACCCCACUGACCUUGCGGGGCAGCUCAACCUCUCGGACCCCUCGGUCAGCACCGUGGUGUGAGGGCCCCCGUCGCUUCUUUCCUGCCACCCCCUCUCAGACUCCCCCCGGGAUGGACCAGCUCUUCUUCUCCCACUGACCUACCUUGUGGACUGGUGCUGAGGAGGUGGUCCCGCCCACCGUGCCACGGACAGACGGAGAACGAGCUCUGGCAUGCCUCCAGCACCCGCUUCCCGUUUCCUUGCGCCCCUUCGAAGGACACCCUCCCAGGGCAGCCCGGCUUUCCCGCUUCCCGAGAGUUGAGGCAACUGUGCGGAACUGGGAGAGUCCCGUCCUUGUACAGUUCUCCGCUUCUGGUUGUCCACGUUGGGGCUUGCUCGAUUUGGGGGAGCCGACUGACUGACUGACCUUCCUCUCCAUGUACAUAAUCUGCUUCUCUUCCUACUGCCCACUUUGGGGAUCACUCAAUUUGGGGGGGACUUCCUUCCUUCCUUCCUUCCUUCCUUUUUUCCUUCCUCCUUUCCUUCCAUCCUUCCCCCCCUUUGUUUCUUUCCUUCCCUCCCCCCU